AUGGCUGUGCCUCGAGCCGCCGGCUGUGCCUCACCUGCAUUCUGCGGUGCUGGGGGCUCUGCUCGAGACAAAGUUCAGGUCCGUCCUAAGCCUGAGCCCGUCAGUGGUGCUUCACAUGUAGUUGUCUCUCUCGUGAAAAACUAUCCAAACUAUCUGAUUAUAAAUCUAGAUAAGCUCGACUACUGUGCAAGCUUGAAGAAUCUUGAAACUGUCUCUGAGAAGGAAAACUACAAGUUUAUCCAGGGAGAUAUUUGUGAACCUGAUUUUAUAAAACAGCUCUUUGAAGCUGAAAAAAUAGAUAUAGUCCUGCAUUUUGCAGCUCGAACACAUGUAGAUCUUUCAUUUUGGCACGCUCUGGAAUUCACCUAUGUGAACGUUUAUGGCACUAAUGUACUGGUUGCUGCUGCACAUGAAGCCAAUGUAGAGAAGUUUAUCUAUGUCAGUACAGAUGAAGUAUAUGGAGGUAGCACUGAUGAGGAAUUUGAUGAAUCCUCACCAAAACGUCCAACAAAUCCCUAUGCCUCCUCUAAAGCAGCUGCAGAGUGUUUUGUUCAGUCUUAUUGGGAAAGAUACCAAUUCCCAGUUGUUAUCACACGGAGCAGUAAUGUUUAUGGACCACACCAGUAUCCAGAAAAAGUUAUUCCAAAGUUUAUAUCUUUGUUGCAACAAAACAGAAAAUGCUGUAUUCAUGGUUCUGGACUUCAAAGAAGGAAUUUCCUUUAUGCAGCUGAUGUGGUAGAAGCAUUCCUUACUGUCCUGAAGGAGGGGAAGCCAGGUGAAAUUUAUAACAUUGGAACUAACUUUGAGAUGUCCAUUUCCCAGCUUGCUAAGGAGUUAAUCCAUUUAAUAAAGAAGACCAGUUCAGAAUCGGAAAUGGAGUACUGGAUGGAUUAUGUCAAAGACAGACCUACCAAUGACCUAAGAUACCCAAUGAAUUCAGAAAAAAUGCAUAACUUAGGAUGGAGUCCUAAAGUGCCUUGGAAAGAAGGAAUAAAGAAAACAAUUGAAUGGUACAAAGAAAACUUUCACAACUGGAAAAACUCAGAGGAAGCUUUGGAGCCCUUCCCUGUGACAGAGCCGUUUGCACAGCUCAGUGGUCCGUAGAGUGUCAGAGAAUGUGAAGAAGUUAAUUCUACCUCAUACAGUCUUUUCUUUGAAGCCUGCAAUCAAGUGGCCUCACUGAACUCUUAAUGUAUUCAAGAUAUAUGGACCAUGAUGAAUACAGAACUCCAGUACGGCACGACUUUGGAAGGGUUUCAACACUUUGAGUUGAACCUGUUAAUUUCAGCUUUUGGUGCAAUAUUAUAUUCUCACUAGGUAUUGAUUUUAAAGAACUGUACAGGGUGAAGAAUAUUUAUAAUGCUGUAAAUUAGUGUACCUGAUGUUAAAUCCGCCUUAUUAAUUU